AUGGGGCCAGCAAGCAUGGCCUACUGGCUUAAGAGGUUCUGUGAUCUGUCUCUUGCUUCAACAGUGUUUGAACGGAACAGACCUAGGGUCGCCCUUCCUCCAGCCUCCGACCACCCUCCAACCUUCGGAGUCAGCCACUCAGCUAUCCUCGGUCACCGGGACCAGCCAACACCAUUUUUGAGCCGAACUCCUUAUUACCGAUCAACCAUGAGCUCCCAGAUUCGUCAGAAUUAUUCCACCGAGGUGGAGGCCACCGUCAACCGCCUGGUCAACAUGCAUCUCUGGGCCUCCUACACCUACCUCUCUCUGGGCUUCUAUUUCGACCGCGACGACGUGGCUCUGGAGGGCGUGGGCCACUUUUUCCGCGAAUUGGCCGAAGAGAAGCACGAGAGCGCCGAGCAUCUCUUGAAAAUGCAAAACCAACGCGGCGGCCGCGCCCACUUCCAGGACUUGCAGAAGCCAUCUCAAGACGAGUGGGGUAAAACUCAGGACGCUAUGGAAGCCGCCAUUAACAUGGACAAGAACCUGAACCAGGCCCUUCUGGAUCUGCACGCCCUGGCUUGUGCCCGUGCAGACCCCCACCUCUGCGACUUCCUGGAGAGCCACUUCCUAGAUGAGGAGGUGAAACUCAUCAAGAAGAUGGGUGACCACCUGACCAACCUCCACAGGCUGCUGGUCCCCAGGCUGGGCUGGGCGAGUAUCUCUUCGAAAGGCUCACCCUCAAGCAUGACUAGGAGCCUCCGGAGCCCAGUGGCCUUUGAGGAGCCCCUCUGGUGUCAGGCCUUCUGCCUGAAGCCCCGCUCUGUGGCCAAAGCAUCAGCAGCCACGGUUAUGUACCGAGGAGGGGAGAAUGCCAUGGGAGCAAUGGCCCAGGAUGCAGGCAAUAAUUUAAAAACAAUAAAAAUCCCAACUAAGAGCUGGUUUGCUUUUGAUUAUUACCAUGGGCCGACAAUUCUAAACAAUGUCAGUGAUAAAAUAUUCUUCCCCAGGGCCAGCCACUUCCAUCACCUGCCCCUGUCUGAUAUGGCACUGUGA